AUGCCAAUUUAGUCUCUAAUAACUGCCUCUACAAGGAUACAACAGAAAAUCCAGAAUUGCUUUUGCCUGACUCGGAUGCAGCUUUUUAUAUGUAUUUUUAGGGGGGGGUUUCCUCUUUUUACCCUCAAAAGAAAAUCACCUGGAUUUGGAAGAUAAUAACUUGUGUGUAUUGAUAGGAGAAAAGAAAAGGUGGGAUUGAUGACUGUGAAGUGCAAUUUAGGAACUGCAUUUGUGAAGAGAGGAACUGGGGAGGAGGAGAAGGUGACUGAAGGAGGAAGACGAGGAAGAGUAUGGGUCACUCUUCUGUGUGCAUCUUUCUACUGUCCCUUUAUCUGACUCAUCAAAGUGUUGCAGCGCACGCUGAAGCAUGCAGGACAGUGGUUCAGGCCGACAUAGUGUUUCUGGUGGAUGAGUCCUGGAGCGUGGGUCAUAAAGACUUUUCCAGAAUCAAAGACUUCAUCUCAGCCAUCAUCUCCUCCUUUCAGGACAAUGUGGUCGGAGCUGAUGGGGUCCGUUUUGGAGUCACUGUCUUUGGGGAUGUUCCAAGGAUGCGGAUUGCUUUGACAGACUACAAUUCCCUUGAGGAGGUACUCAGAGCCAUCAAAGACCUUCCCUAUGAAGGUGGAUCCAGGAGGACUGGCAUGGCACUCCAGUUUCUGGUCGACUCUGUUUUCAGCCCCGUCAUCAGGCGGGAUUCUGUCCCGAAGAUUGCUGUUUUGAUCACAAAUGGACAGUCGGACGACCAGGUCAGUGCUGCAGUCAGAGCAGUAGCAGACAAUGGAAUUACUGUCUUUGCAGUAGGCCUCACGGGGGUUGAUGAGGCAGAGCUUAGGAGGGUUGUGUCGGAGCCACAUGCCGAGCAUCUAUUGCCGGUCACUGAUUUCUCUACCAUGGACACCAUCCUCCCCAAACUGUCCCGCAGAGUGUGCCUCACUGCCUCUGAACCCCCACGUCCUGUGAAAACUUCCCAGCCUAGCGAGGAACGUGUGGUGGGUCCCAGAGACCUUCAGGUUAGCGAACUGGCCCACAGUUCUCUUAGACUGACGUGGAGCCAGGCCACGGGUGAUGUCACCGGAUAUCGCCUCCUGGUCACUCCACUGAGCUCGGAGGGACAACUCCUUCCUGUGCAGCAGAGGCAGAUGGAUCUGAAGGCAGAUGUGAGCACAGCCAUGGUGACAGAGCUGAGUCCCAAAACCGACUAUUCCCUCACCGUCUAUGCCAUGUACCCAGGCCUCAUAGGAGACUCUGCGACAAUCAAAGUAAAGACAACGCCUUUGCCCGAAGUUUCAAACUUCCGUGUUAUUGAGGAGGGCCUGUUCUCCCUGCGCCUCGGCUGGACACCCCCCCAGGGGAAGCUAAAUGGAUUCAAGAUCUUCAUCCCGAGAUCCAACAGACCAGGAUUCAUUUAUGAGCAGCUGCUUCCCAGAGACAUUUCCUCUCAUGUGAUUGACAGUCUGGAGGAGGAUAAGAAGUACACUGUCAGUAUUUAUGCUGUGUACCCUGAAGGACCAAGUAAACCGGUUUCAGUAGUGGGGAAGACAUUGAAGUUGGUGCCAGUUCAUCAGUUUCUGGUCCAAAAUGCCACCACAGACACCGUUCAAGCAAGGUGGGCAUCAGUUAAAGGUGCUACAGGAUACCGUUUGACAUGGGCAUCUACAGAAGGCCACAUAGAAAACAUAAACCUCGGGGACAAUUUUAACUUCUACAUGAUACAGGGCCUCCACACAGGCUCUGAGUACACCAUCACCAUCAACCCCAUCUUUGGAGACAUUGAGGGGCCUAUCACCACUGCGAAAAUCAAGACAUUGGAAAGUAGUUCAGUACAGACUCUGAAAGUAUCUGCUGUGAGCACAAGUACUGCAGUCGUCUCAUGGAACAGUGUCCCGGGGGCUACAGGAUACAGACUGGCAUGGAGACCCACCCCAGAGUUUGUUGGUCGGGAUCGUCCCAGACAAUUGGCUCUGAACACCAGCACUACACAGUACCAGCUGAAAAAUGUAGCCCAUGAUACGGAGUAUGUCCUGACGCUUUACGUGCUGUUUGGCGCUGCGGUUGGACCUGGCAUCGCUGCCACCUUCAGAACUUCUCCUUUGGGUUAUGUCUCUAACUUCAAGGUGACAUCCUACACAAGCACCACUAUAGAUGUGGCGUGGAGUCCCAUCGUUGGAGCCACCGAGUACAAACUCUCAUGGAAAACAGAUAAUAGCAAACCCCAAGUCCAGUACCUGGAUCGUAGCAUCCUCUUCCAUCGUCUCAAAGACCUGAAUCCACAGUCUACCUACACAGUCACCAUCUGUGCAGUGUAUGGCAACUCAGAGGGACCAGAAAUCUCCUUAUCUCAGCUCACAGCUGCAGUGUCAGAGUCAGAUCCAAUCCAGCCAGUGAGGGAGGUGAAGGUUGAGGACAUUGGAGUAAAUUCCUUCACACUAUCUUGGAAAAAAGCAUCAGGGGCUUCUGGAUACAAAAUCUCUUGGAUCCCAUUUCUUGGGGGUGAUGAGAAGUCCCAUGUGGUAUCGGCUGAUUUUGCCUCCUACACCAUCCGCAACCUGCGAGAGAGCUCAGCUUACAAGAUCCAGGUGUCCUCCAUGGUGGGCAGCAGGGAAGGAAGCGCUGUCCUGGUCACAGCACGUACCUUGGAUCUUCCCAAAGUAGAAGGAUUUGUUGCUUUGAAUACAACAGAUAACAGUACUGUUCUGAACUGGACACGCGUAGCUGGUGCCUCAGGAUAUCGCCUCUCCUGGAGGCACAUCUCAGUGUUUGACACAAAAACAGAAAUCCUUGGCCCUGGAUUCACCUACUAUAAGAUCAGUGAUCUCUUGUAUGGCAGAACAUAUCUUUUCACCAUCAGACCUUUGUAUGGAGAAGUGGAGGGGCCUAUAAGCACCAUGUAUCAGAGAAUAUUGGGACCAGCUCGCCCAGCGUUAACAGUCCAGCCUGUGCCACCUACAGUGCCCCCCCAUUCCCCACCUAACACUGGGGACUCCCAGACUGCCUCUAUCAUCAACACAACCACUGCUCAAUCACCCAUGAGGACCACCUGGCACCCUGAUGUUGUGCUUCCAACUGAGUCCUUAACAACCAAGAAGCCCCACGUUCAGCCAAGUGUCACUGAGGGCAAGGCAGGAGCAGUCACGUCCUUUCGAUUAACCACACUGAGUAGAGUGACAGAGAAAAAAACACCACCACAACCAGUGUGCGGUAAGACCAAAGCGGAUAUAGUGUUCUUGGUGGAUGAGUCGUCGAGCAUUGGCACUGACAACUUUAGGAAGAUGAAAGACUUCAUAUUUCGAGUGGCUACAUACUUCCCUGUAAUUGGUUCACAGGGCACGCAGAUAGCUGUGGUUCAUUACAGCGAUGAGCCUCGCGUUGAAUUCCGCCUUAAUGACUUCAAAGACAGAAACUCUGUGCUCAGGGCUCUCAGAGCGCUGCGUUAUGGAGGGGGCAACACCAAAACCGGAAAAGGCAUCAGCUAUGUUCUGCAAGAACUGUUCCAGGAGGCUCAUGGGAUGAGGCAGGAUGUACCCCAUGUUCUGGUUUUGUUUACAGAUGGCAAGGCCCAAGACAAUGUGGUGCCACCCUCCAGAAUUGCCCGCGCCUUGGGGGUCAGCGUCCUGGCAGUUGGAGUUUCGAAUGCAGAUCGUGAAGAACUGAAUAAAAUUGCAGCUCCCACCAGCUACAAAAACAUCUUCUAUUCACCAACUUUUGAUGAUUUUCCCUCCGUGGAGAGAGAAUUUAUCAGAAGCCUCUGUAGCGACGAACUCAUCACAGAGUUCAAACUACAAGAUGAGGGUGCUCAGCUAGACACCCCCACUGAUGACCCAGAGGAGAUGCUUAAGCCCGAGGGUCCAUGCCUAACUCAGUGCAUGAAGGGCCAAAAAGGGGAAAAGGGAGACAGUUUGGGUCUUGGUCUGAGAUUCAGACAAAGCCCUGGAGAGUUUGAUCCUUUCACAUCUUCAAAAGGAGAAAAAGGAGAAAGGGGACUUCCUGGAACUGACGGUGUUCCUGGUUUGCCAGGUCGCCCAGGAAGAACUGGACCACCGGGUUCUGCUGGCCAACGGGGCCCUACAGGUGUUCCAGGUGACAUGGGUCCACCUGGGCUCCCUGGUCCAAAGGGACAGAGAGGAGAGAGAGGAGAGCCGGGAUACGUCAUAGCUGGUACAGAUGCAAAUUUUGUGCCCGGACGAAAAGGAGAGCCAGGCUCCUCAGGUCCCCCAGGACCUCCCAGUCUUCCAGGGGUCAAUGGAGCUCCAGGUCUGCCUGGUCAGCCAGGAUCACCGGGGCCACCAGGAAUAGCUGUCAAGGGAGAUCCCGGCGAGCCGGGUACAAAAGGCUUACGUGGGAAGCAGGGCGUGAAAGGAGACAAAGGAGAGCCGGGAAAAGAUGGCAUUGCAGGUUUGCCUGGUCCCAUUGGUGUUGAUGGGGGACCAGGACUGCCAGGCCAGAAAGGAGAAAAGGGUGAGGAGGGAGUUGGCAUACAAGGUGUUCAAGGUCCUCAUGGAGAGAAAGGAGAGAAGGGAGAUAUUGGAUUAGCAGGACCAGUUGGCCCAAAGGGUGAGCGUGGAGAGCAGGGCAUCCAGGGAAUCAUUGGACCUCGGGGGAAAAAAGGAAUGAAAGGGGAGCCAGGAGACAAGGGAGACCAAGGAGAGGUGGGACCAAUAGGACCACAAGGACCCCCAGGGCCUGCAGGACCGAUGGGAUUAAAGGGAGAUGAAGGUCCAAGAGGACCUGCUGGAGACCCGGCGAAGGGUGUAAUUGGUCCAGCUGGGAAAAAGGGGGCCAGGGGGGACAUCGGUCCAGUUGGUUCUACAGGCCCUCAGGGAAUAAAGGGAGAACAAGGAGACAAGGGAGAAAAGGGUAGUCCUGGUUUUGGGAUUCCAGGACAGCAGGGGCAAAAGGGAGAAAAUGGAGAAAGGGGAAAUGUUGGUUUAUCAGGAAAACCAGGACAAAAGGGGAAAGAUGGCUCUAAAGGUGAAAAAGGGAGCAUUGGAUUACCUGGCAAUCCUGGAGAACCGGGAUUAAGAGGUAAAGAUGGUGCACCUGGAGCUAUAGUAGAACCGGGAAUGAAGGGUGAACAAGGACCAGCUGGAGAGCCUGGUGAAAGAGGAAUCAGGGGUCCAUUGGGAUUACCAGGAAAACCAGGUGACACUGGAGAAAAAGGUGACCCUGGCAAGCCUGGCCCACCUGGUGCCGAUGGCAGAAAAGGUGACAAAGGAGAGGUGGGCGAUCCUGGAGAGCCAGGUCAGCCAGGUUUGCGAGGAGAAAUGGGCCCGCCUGGGCCACAAGGUAUGCAUGAGUUUGCUCACAAGGUGUCUUAUGGUAACCGUAGGGUGACCAGGGACAGAAAGGAGAGCCUGGUCCGAAAGGAGAAAAAGGAGAUCAAGGCCGGGUUGGGAUUGCUGGGAUGCCUGGCUUACCGGGGACUCCUGGGAGACCUGGCAUUGAUGGGAAGAGGGGCCUGCCAGGAAAAGAUGGAGAAAGAGGACUCAAAGGAGAUGACGGGGGACAAGGGAGAUGCGGGUGCUGAUGGUAAAGAUGGUAGUAAGGGUGAACCAGGGCUUCCAGGUUUGCCUGGGAGGCAGGUGCUUGUCACUCCUGAGGGUGCUACCAUUGAUGAAAUCCGACAAGCAUUCCCAAUGCCAAUGGGUCCUCCAGGACCUACUGGUUCUCCAGGAUUGAAGGGUGAUAAAGGAGAAAAAGGCCUGAAAGGAGAAAAGGGUGACGCUGGAGCUCCAGGAAAAUCUCUUGAGAUGAAGGACAUUGAGACAAUGUUUGAAGCCUACGGUAUAAAGGCUUUGAUUGACAGGUUGCUGCAGGAUGGCAUAGAGGAGCUGCUUCAUGUGCUCAGCAACUCCAAGAAAACAAAAGAAAACACAGAAAGGCACAACUCCAACGUCAUCACUGACUACAAAAGUUCGGAGAAAUUUGACAUCACCAGCAGACCUUUGUCAAAAGCGGACACUUUUGAGGACACUGAUGUAGACGGCCAGCCUCCUGAAUCUUUCUUUGUUACAAGUGAAGAGGCCAGGCAAGACGAAGAAGACGAGUUUUAUAACGGCGAGGAUUACAGUUAUGAAUACGAGGUUAUCUUGCCAACCACAGAGUCACCCUCUCGACCCUCUGAUGAUAUAGAGAAGUCUACACCUCCUUCGGCAACAGAAGAACCAGAUCAGGGCGAAAUUGGUGAAAAGGGACAGAAGGGGGAGCCGGGCAUCGGUCACAGAGGGCCAGAGGGUCAGGCUGGUCCUCCUGGACAGAAGGGUGAGCCCGGCGAGCCAGGUCCUCCAGGUGCUCAGGGCAUUCAGGGAAUCCCUGGCAAUCCAAGCAUCCAGGGCCCCACAGGUCUUAGGGGUCUUCCAGGGGACCCAGGAGAGGCAGGUAGAGAGGGCAGCCGAGGUAAAAGAGGGAAGAAUGGCUCCCCAGGAUCUCCUGGACCUCGAGGACCGCCAGGACCUCAUGGUAUUCCUGGCAUACCUGGAGAAAAAGGAGAAAAGGGUGACAGUAUACCAGGUGAACCUGGUGAGAGAGGCGUAGUUGGCCUCCCAGGUAAAAGGGGUGACAAGGGCUCUCCAGGUGUUAAAGGAGCUCCUGGGCCCAUAGGUCUUAAAGGACUGAGUGGGAGCAAAGGUGAAAAGGGAGAUCGUGGAUCACCUGGAGUCAAAGGAGAAAGGGGCGGUGUGCUUCAAAUCCAAGGACCUCGUGGCUAUAAGGGUUCCAAAGGACAGCCAGGUGAGCGAGGUUCACCUGGUUUUGACGGGGAUAAAGGAGAAAAAGGCGAGGACGGUCCUCCUGGGGUCAAGGGUGUAAAAGGUAAUGCGGGUAUAAAAGGUGCAAUGGGAAGAUUUGGAGCACGGGGCCCGGUAGGACAAAAAGGAGAUCCAGGAGAUCCUGGAGUCAAUGGAGUGAUGGGUCGCAAUGGGGCUGAUGGGCUGGAUGGAGCCAAAGGGGAUAAAGGAGACAAUGGACUCCAAGGACAACAGGGUAAUCAGGGUGAUCCAGGAGAACCUGGCUUACCAGGAGAAAAAGGGGAGAAAGGGGAGAAGGGUUUCAGAGGUUUUCCUGGGCGCACUGGGAGCCUUGGCCUGAAUGGAGAAAAGGGAGAUAUGGGGCUACCUGGCACCCCGGGCAUACCUGGACUGAAUGGGGUCACGGGACGCAAGGGGGACAAGGGAGAAGGGGGGAUCAAUGGUGUUGAUGGUGAUCCUGGAGUAAAAGGGGAAAAGGGUGCAGCAGGUUUCCCAGGUUUCCCAGGUUUCAAGGGGUCAGCAGGAAGUCCAGGAAGGGACGGUGAUAUGGGACCACCGGGACCGCCAGGGCCUCAAGGAGACAAAGGGCCUAAGGGGGACAGGGGUAAAAGAGGCAGAUCAAAGAAGUGUCAGAGUGGAGCACCAGGGACACCAGGACACAGAGGAGAAAAUGGUAAAGUUGGUAUUGAAGGAGCAAAAGGGGAGAAAGGAGAGCCUGGACUCUCAGCUGAAGAAGUGAAGGAGCUAGUCAACCAGGAGGUGGUAGAAAAGUGCGGAUUGGAAUACAAGUUCAUGGUAAAAUCUGUUGACCCAGAUGCAACAACUGCAGUGACUAAGAAUGAAAAUGACCAAAAAGACGUUGUGAAAUCUAUCACCCAUGACCUGCAUGAACAAAGUAUGGAAGAAAACAUGGCAGACAACAUGGGAGAAGGGCACCCACAAAACCAGACUGAUACUCAUGAUGGAGGGACUGUGGAGUGGGGACAAAGGAAGAAGAGAAGGGUAUAUGGAAGAAACACAGCAAACCGCUGCCUGGAGCCGAUGUCAGAAGGAGCCUGUUCAGACUAUUCUCUGGUCUGGUACUUCCACGCCCGAUCGGGGGAAUGCAGACCGUUUGUUUACGGGGGCUGUGGUGGCAACCAAAACAGAUUCUCCUCCAGACAUGAGUGCGAGGAAUGGUGUGAGGCGGAGAGUCGAGUUAUGGGGGGACCAAUCAGAUCGCGCAGGGAAUAAUCCUUCAAACAGUUAAUCCAGUGACUGAAAAAAAAUCCUGCUUUGAAGAGAUUUUUGGUUAUACAAUAUGAAUGUGCGGAUACUAUAGAUGCUAUAAAAAAAAAUGUACACCUCCACAGCCGCAGAACCUUGGAGACUGAGCCAGCAACCCCCAAACAAGAUGCUUAAUUUUGUACAUAACUGUGUAAAAUGUUAUUGU